CAUUUCUCACUAAAACCUUUUCUCAAAUCUCUCACCGGAAUAAAAAUCUCUAGGUCACCGGAAAAUUUUGCUUCAUCGGAUUUCUCUUUCUCACCGUCGUCGCUGUUCUCAGCGUACGCAUCUUUAACCGGAUUCUUGAUGCUAUUUAGAUCGAUGCUCCAUGAUUUCGUACCGGAGAAGCUUCGAUCUUACUUCUCUAGCUUACUCGACCGGUUUUUUCACUCCGAAAUCGAAGAAUCUGACGGUGAUUAUCGACGAGAACUUUGGAUUGAACAGGAAUCAAGUCUUCGACGCGGCGGAGAUGUAUCUCCGGAACAAGAUCGGACCUGAUACAGAGCGGUUACGAGUCGGUAAGAUCCCUAAACAGAAACAUUUCACUAUCUCGAUUGAAAAAGGCGAAGAGAUCUUCGAUACUUUCGAGGAUUCCGAGGUGAAAUGGAGUUAUGUUCAAUCGGAGAACGAGAAAGGAGAUAAAGUGAAACGAUACUACGAGCUCACAUUCGAGAAGAAGCUUAGAGACAAAGUCAUGAACUCGUAUCUAAGCCACGUUGUAGCGGAAUCGGAGGAGAUUAAGCGGAAUCUGAGAGUGGUGAAGCUUUAUAGCAGAGAUGUGUAUGCGAGUGAUGAUGAUGAUGGAAUGGCUGGUGGGAAUUGGGGAUGUAUCAAUCUCGAACAUCCAUCGACGUUUGAUACAUUGGCGAUGGAUCCGAAUGCGAAGAAGAAGAUCAUCGAUGAUUUGGAGAGGUUUUUGAAGAGAAGAGAGUUUUAUAAGAGAGUUGGUAAAGCUUGGAAACGAGGUUACUUGUUGUAUGGACCUCCAGGAACUGGUAAAUCGAGCUUGAUUGCUGCGAUGGCGAAUUACUUAAAGUUUGAUGUGUUUGAUCUUGAGCUUAGUAGUAUUUAUGACAAUGGUGAAUUGAAGAGGGUUUUGUUGUCUACGACGAAUCGUUCGAUUUUGGUUAUUGAGGAUAUUGAUUGUAAUGCUAAGGUGAGAGAUAGGGAAGCUGAGAAUCAAGAAGACGAAAAUAGUAAUGGAAAGGUGACUCUAUCAGGGAUAUUGAAUUUCAUUGAUGGGUUAUGGUCGAGUUUUGGGGACGAGAGAAUCAUCGUGUUCACGACGAAUCACAAAGAACGGCUUGAUCCUGCUCUGCUACGUCCUGGAAGAAUGGAUGUGCAUAUCAACAUGUCUUAUUGUACAGGUUUAGGAUUUAGGACAUUGGUCUCUAACUACCUCGGUUUAGAUGGCUUAAACCAUCCUCUUUGCGAGGAAAUCGAGGCGCUGGUCGAUUCUACUGAAGUUACUCCAGCUGAGUUAGCGGAAGAGCUGAUGCAAGACGAUGAUACUGAUGUUGUUCUUCGUGGAGUUAUAAGCUUUGUUGAGAAGAGGAAGGUUGAGAGAAGCAAGACUAAGGAGGAGGUUUCUAUUUGUAAAGCAAAUGAUAAUGACGAAAAACAGAAUGGUUCUUUGGAUUGUGUAAAGAAGAAGAAGAAAGGUGGUAAACAAAAAGGAAAAGGGAAAGGGAAAGGAAAGGCCAAGACUUAUUAGAUAAGAGAUAUCUUUGUACAAUAUCUUGUGUUGUGUUGUGUAACUUGGUAAAUCAAGCUUGUGUUUAACACUAUAAGCCUAAUAAAUAAAGCUUGUAUGGUUCUAAACUUCUACUUUUGACAGAAGCUUCCAAGAAAAUAGUUUUUUAAGU